AUGCUCAACGGGUCGAGCGAGGUCAUUAUCUCUGCCAGCUACUACGGCCCAUCCCUGGGCCAGUGGGCACAGGUCAAGCCUGCGAUACUCCUCUCACCGACCAACCAUACUGCAUAUCCCACGGCCGAGGCCUACACGCACAAGCUCGUGCUGGAGGAGCAGAAUGUCACCAGGACCCUAACCCUGUGCCCCACCCAGCUGGUCAAGGGCGAGUGGGCUCUGGCAGUGUACAACCCCUUGCGUGGCUUCCAGGUCGGCUUCAGCCUGACCCUGGAGCGACAGGGCCACUGCCUGAAUGGAUGCAGCGGGCAUGGAAAGUGCAGUGAGGAGGGUGUGUGCCGGUGCGAGCCCGACUGGCAGGGGGGCGACUGCUCUGUCUCGGGGUCAGGGGGCUGUGAGGAGGGCAGUCGCCGGCCCGCCGCAAACUCCACCCUCAGCAAGGGCAACGGGACGUGCUGGCAGGAGUGUCGGUGCCCCGACGAGGGCGCAGGUUGCAGGUUUGACGAGGAUGAGUGUGUGGACUAUACGUGCCCCAGCCCCAGCAGACGAGCGGGGACGGAGCUACGUUGCGUGGUGGACGCCUGCGUCAAGGCAUGCUCUGAUGUGUGGACGGAGUCCAGGACCAGCGUCUGCCUGCUGGAGUGCGCCUGCCCGGAGGGCGGCGGCCCCUGCGAGGUGAGUCGGGCCUGCUCCCAUCGCGCCGAGCUGCACCCCUCCCAUCACGGCCCCACGCUGCUCGGCCUACUGCUGGGCGCCCUGCUCGGCGGGGGGGGCCUGGCGGGCUUCAUCUAUGCGCGCGGCAUCCCGCCCUGGUUCCCCCUCCGGCGCACCGGAUUCGGGGUGGGGGGCCUCUACCAGGAGCUGUCGGAUGCAGAGGGGUUGUGA